AUGGGACUCAAGACCCUUCUUCUUUCCCUGCUGGCGAUCCAGGCUGUGCCAGGCCGGGGCCACCCCCACCACAGUCACAGGCACAUUCACAAGCACAAUCACCUCCAUGAAGCCCAUCUCAAGGCCCGAGAUGGCGGCGGACAACUCGUCUGCCCUCCCAUUCCCGACAAGCUCACCACGGGCGCAGACCUCAUCGCAAAAGUGAGGUAUACGGACCGCGAUACAUGUUCCGCCAAGCUCGAGGCCAGAUCAACCCUCACCACAAGAGCAGACCCUGUCAUCGUUGCGGACCCCAACGAUCCUUACUCGUGCUCUGAGGAGAAGCCCUGCAGCAACGGUGCUUGUUGUUCCAAGACUGGCGUUUGUAACUAUGGCCCUGAGGCCUGUGGUACAAACGGCAAGUCGCCCAACGACAAGUGCUGGAGCAAUUGCGAUGCCCAUGCUGAGUGCGGUCGCUAUGCCAAGACUCCAGGCCAGAAAUGCCCUCUCAAUGUUUGCUGUAGUCGAUAUGGCUUCUGCGGCAUGACCGCGGACUACUGCAAGGUCACCGACAAGAAGGAAGAGAGCUGCCAGAGCAACUGUGCCCAGCCCGGCUCAGGGGGCUCUGGCGGUAACGUCCAGAAGCGUGUCAUUGGAUAUUAUGAGGCGUGGAACUGGAAAAAGAAGUGCAUCGGCAUGAGCAUGGAAGACAUUCCUGUUGACGGCCUCACACACAUCUACUACUCCUUUGCCUACAUCCAGCCCAACACGUAUAAGAUCGUUCCCAUGCAGGACGAAAAGGAUGGGUCUCUCACUACUGAAACCUUCACCGAGUUCACUGCCCUCAAGCGCAAGAACCCUUCGCUCAGGGCUGUCGUUGCUCUCGGUGGUUGGACGUUCAAUGACAACCACACCGUCUGGCAGCCUGUCUUCAGCGACCUCGCUUCCACCAGUGCCAAACGAGCCACCUUUGUCAGCGAACUUGUCAAGUUCAUGGAUCGCUAUGGCUUUGAUGGCGUCGAUAUUGACUGGGAGUAUCCUGGCGCUGGCGACCGAGGUGGUAAGCCAGAUGAUGGCGAGAACCUGACCAAGCUGUUCAAGGACAUCCGCGCAGGAUUCGACAAGAUGUCUGGAAAACACAAGGAGAUUUCCUUUACUGCUCCGACAAGUUACUGGUACAUGCGUCACUUCGAUCUUACCGCAUCGGCAAAGGCUGUUGACUAUAUCAAUGUCAUGUCUUACGAUCUUCACGGAAUCUGGGACGCUGAUAACCCAAUUGGUUCCCAGGUUUUGGCACAUACCAACCUGACCGAGAUCGACCUUGCCCUGGACCUCUUCUGGAGAAACAAAGUCGACCCGUCCAAGAUCAACAUGGGCAUCGGCUUUUAUGGACGGUCAUUCCAGCUGGCUGAUCCCUCUUGUCACAAGCCUGGUUGUCUCUUCCUGGGUGGUGCCAAACCGGGACCUUGUACCGACAACUCGGGUACCUUGUCAUACUUUGAGAUUAUGGAUAUCAUCGAGAAGUACGACCUGACACCAUACUGGGACAAGAAGGACGCCGUCAAGUAUGUCACCUGGGGCGGUGAUCAGUGGGUAUCCUACGACGACAAGGACACCAUCGCGCAGAAGAUCGAGUUUGCCAACGCGCUCGGCUUGGGAGGUCUGCUCAUCUGGGCUAUCGACCUCGACAACACGCGGCUUGACGCUCUGGCGGCUGUCUUGGCUCCCAAAAGCUUCACCGCACACAAGGAUCGCUCGAAAAAGACCCCGUGGGUGGACCUUGGGACAGGCCAUUGCACUGUCAACGAUUGUGGCACGACUGGCUGCAAGUCUGGAUGGAUUGAGGUUGAUCAGUCCCUUUGCGACCGUCUAGCUGGCAAGAAGACAAGUGUCUGUUGUCCUUUUGCCUCGGCUCCUGACCCCGAGAAGUGUACCUGGAGAGGUAACGGCGUUCUCUGCAACGGCCAGUGUCACGCGGGAGAGGUCGCGCUCGCGUCCAGUCAGCACGCUGGAGGCGGCGAUGUAUGCACCGACGGCCGCAGAUUCCUGUGCUGUGAAGCAGAAGCUCAAGUGCCAGACUGUCGAUGGACGGGCUGUAACGAGAAGUGCGAUUCUUCCACCGAGAAGGAGUUGACGUGGAAGAAUGGAAACUGCAAGGGCAAAGACGAGAAGAAGUUCUGCUGCAACAAGGAGCAGGAGUGGAGGAACUGCAAGUGGCACGGAAAGCCAGGCAACUGCUUUGACAACCAUUGCGAUACCGGUUGGCAGGUGGCCUUGACUACAUCCCACGGAGGAGAGGGCCAUGACUGCGGUUGGGCCUCGAAGCGGCAUAGGACCUAUUGCUGUGAUCCCCCCAAGGGCGAAUCGCCCUUCCUCCCUGUUCCUCUCGAGUACCUGUUCCCCGAUCCUCCCAAUGAGGAAGAGGCAGAGUCAGACUACCAACUCAAGGUAGACAACACUUGGGGUGGUGCUGAGGAUCUUCCCUUUGCUGAAACACCCGAGCACUCUGCUUUUGGCUUCAUCAUCAUGACGAGUCCCGACGAGCUUCAGACCACCCUCGACAAGCGUGACGGAUCUCACUGGGAAGUCUUUGACUGCCAUGAUUCCGUUUCACAGGAAGAGCAGACUGUUCGUAUGGUGUGUACCGAUCGCAGUGAGAACUCCAACUGCGGCAAGAUCUAUCUCGGCCACGGAGCUCCCGGUACGAUCGUCGAGAUGCCCGAGGGAUGCGGUCCAGGCAGGUACGCCGUCGUCAAGGAGCUGUCGCCUAGCAAGAACCAGAGUCUUCCACAGCAUCUCUACAAACGCGGCAUUGAAGAGACUGAGCCUGUGUUUGACUUGACCUUCGACUACGACUUCAGACGCGUGCCGCGCGACCUUGGCGAUACUCAGAUCCGUAUCGACUACAGCAACGAGAACACGUACUGGAACACCAUCGUCGACAAGGCAGCUGACAGCAAGAAGCGGUCUUUAAAGAGAUCUGUCAAGAGAAGUCUCAAGGAUGUUGGCGGCAGCCACAAGCGUUGGCUCGAAGAAGAGUGGCGAGAAGACUUGCACGAAGGAGCCCUUUCCAAGGGCGAUCUUCACAAGCGUUGGUUUGGUGAGACCGCCCUCGACUGGCUGAAGGCCAUCUUCACGGGCGUCACAAACAAGAUGGAGCUCCAACACUCCUACAAGGAGGACUUUAUUCUCAGCAUCAUCGACCAGGACUUUACAUGUCCCAAUGUGGACGGCAAGCUCAAGGUCUACGCCGAGAUGUCGGUCGAGGCCAACGUCAACUACGGCUUCACCCUGAUCGGCAAGCUUGGCGGCUCAUAUGGCAUCGACAUCUCCGACUCGUACCUCUACUACCGCACUGGCGGUAACGUCGACUCCAAGUUCGUCAUCGACGCCGCUGUCACGGCUCACUUUGACACUGGCGAUGUGCUCAUGUUCAGCGCUGAUACCUUUGGUGCGGCCUUCACGGUCCCAGGUAUUGUGACGAUUGGCCCCAACUUCAAGCUUUAUGGACAGUUGGAAGGCAAGGCAACGCUGGGCGUCAACUUUGAGACCAAGGUCAAGCUCGCCGAGUGGGACGUCUACCAGACCUUCCCUGUCGUUAACAAAGACUGGGAGCCCGAUGUCUUCGACCCUUCCGAUAAGUCUGGCAAGCAGACGCUCGAGCCUGAAUUCGAGUACGGCGUCUCGGUGAGCGGUCACAUAUCCGCCCACGUGAAGCCCACCAUCACCUUUGGCAUUGACUGGAAUAAGAAGUUCACCUCACUCGAACCCUGCGCCGUGAACCUCGUUGCCGAUGGGCACGUCACCUUUCAUGCUGAAGCCGAGGCGGGCAGCAGCGGGAACAGCUUUUGUUACGGUAUCGACGUCGGUGCAGAUCUGUAUGCUACCCUCGAGGCGCCCAAGAUGUUCUCGUGGGCACUUCCCGAGUCUCCCUUCAUGAUCAUGCCGGCCCAAGACGUGACCAUCUUCCCGAGUGGCUCCAAAGAAGCUUGCACUACUCCCAGUAGCACGAAGCAACGCCGCCGAGAUGCCAGCUUCGGCCAAGGCCACAUCAACACCACGUCCGCACUAUCGAAACGUGCCACGAGAUAUGGGCCUCUGGUACCGCGGAUCGAAGGCCUCGUGUGUCCUGGCGAUGUCGACGUAGGGGAGAUUCCUUCCUGCUCGGCAUGCUCAGGUGGUGACGACACUCUGCAGAAAAGGGAAGAGACAUGCUGGCUGGACCCAUAUGCCUCAAGGAGGAGACGUGUCCUGCUGAUCAUGAUGAAUCCAAUGUCCGCCGGUCUUCUGGUACUCUCCAUCGACGCGAGGUAA